AUGUUUCACUCAAACAAAAUCUUCAGUCAAUCGCUUCAAAAUGCAUAUAAUAGCUGUCGGGUGGAGGAAAUGCUGUCCAAAAUCUACUUGAAGUCGGCCGUCACGAGACCCAAGUUGGCUACCGGUGCCAAACAGGACCGCCUAUCAUAUGGCAUGUGCUCUGUCCAGGGAUGGCGUAAAUAUCAGGAGGACUCGCACAUAACGCUCACCAACUUUGACGGCCAGCACUCGCUAUUCGCGGUGUUUGACGGACACAACGGUCCCGAAGUAGCCCUCUAUGCCGCCCAACGCCUCCCUGACCUCCUCAGGGCUAACAAGCGCUUCCAGACGGGAGACAUCGAGGGCGCCCUCGAGGAGACAUUCAUGGCUUUCGACGCCUUACUGCUGACCAAAGUAGUCAACGACCAGUUGUUUGCCUUAAGGCGCGGUAUAUUAGGCGAGAAUAUGUCGCCCAACGACCGGCCGGCCGUCACCAGCGGCUGCACAGCCCUAGUCGUGCUCAUCAGCAAUGACAACGACGUGAUAUACGUGGCCAACAUCGGCGACUCCCGGUGCCUGAUCAGCAAAUCGCGAAAGACCUCCUCCCUGUCCACGGAUCACAAGCCCGAGGACAGGGCUGAGAGGAAACGGAUCGAGAGGUCGGGCGGGCAUGUGAUUGAGGGCCGCAUUAAUGGGGGCCUAAACCUUUCGCGCGCUUUCGGCGAUCAUCAGUACAAACGCAAUAAGGGUGCGCCGGCUGAGGACCAGAUGGUGACCGCGUGGCCAGAGAUCAAAGCCAAACAACUGAAGGUUAGAAAGGAUGACUUUCUGGUCAUAGCCUGCGACGGCAUCUGGAACUCCCUGCCCAACCAUAAGGUCUCCCAAUUCGUGGCCAAACGCAUAGGUCGGGCCGAAAAGUUGGUCGACAUAUGCCAGGAGUUAGUAUUCAGGUGUAUGUCACCCGUCAGACCCUAUAACGGUAUCGGUGGCGAUAAUAUGACCUGUAUCAUUGUUAAGUUUGAUAGUGAUUGA